ACGAAAAGUUGAACAUUUCUCACCCAAUUUCAAACCCCUUUCUCAUCUUAAUCUCAAUCUCUCUCCCUUUCCUCUGUGAUUCUUUCUGAAAUUCUCUGUUUUAAUGGCGGAAACCCACUUCUUCUGUUUUAUCCAUUAACGCCAAAAUGAAGCAUACCCAGAAGCUUGCUUAUUACUUCAUCUUGGCACUCUGUUCUUCCUCUUUCAUCGCACUUCUCUCUGUUCUCCUCUUCUUCAUCUGCAGAAACAGCCACCGUCAUCGCCAACUCGCCGACGAAACCCCGCCGCCGUCAAAGCCCUCUAUCCGAUCCUACACGCUAAUCGACAUCGACACCGCCACUGAAGGUUUCAGCCACCGCCGCGUCAUCGGUCAAGGCCGAUUGGGCACCGUCUACGCUGCCUUAUUGGACACGGGCGAGCUCAUCGCCGUCAAAAGAAUCUACCCAUGGUUGGUUCUAAGCAAUAAUAACGCUGGAUUUGGAUUCUCUUCUGUAGUUAAAUCCCUCUCUUCUGCCCAACACCCAAAUCUCGUCACCAUCACCGGCUACUCCGAAGCCCCCGGCGAACGAAUCAUCGUGAUGGAAUACGCCGGCGUCGUGAAUUUGGACAUGUACUUACACCAAAACCCAGAUGGGGGAUUCCUCUUAAAUUGGAGCCAUCGUGUGAAAAUCGCAGCAGGGACAGCCAGAGGACUUCAAUAUCUACACGAAUCGAUGGCCCCUAGCGUGAUCCAUGGCUGCGUGAAGCCCUCAAACAUACUAAUCGACGCGAAAUUCAGCGCGAAAUUGAGCGAUUACGGGCUGAAUUUCUUAGCGGCGAGAGAGAAAAGGGGAUUGGUAGGGUAUGUGGACGAGGAAUACUGGCAGGGGAAAGGCGGGCAGGGGAGUUGCAAGGAAAACGACGUGUACGGAUAUGGGGUUGUGCUGUUGGAGCUUUUGAGUGGAAGGGGCUGCGAGGAAGGGUGGCUGGUGAAGUGGGCGCUGCCAUUGAUAAAGGAGAUGAGGUUCAGUGAGCUACUGGACCCAAGAAUCGAGUACCCUUCUGAUUUGAAGCCAUUGAUGAGAAUGGGGAAGGUGGCUCUGGCUUGUGUCGGGAACUGCAGAAAGAGCAGGCCGGCGAUCGGUCAAGUGGUUGCCAUUUUCAACAAUCUGGAGGCUCAGCUAUGCGUUUGAUUAAUUAAUUAAUGAAUCAAUCUCCUUUUUGUUAUGUAGAUAUAUUUAAUUACAUAAUUAAUACGAUCUAUUCUUUAUGUU